UAUGAAAUUAGUCAGAUUUCUUAUGAAACUCAAAAAUGAGUAGGUUAUUGUGGAAUUAAAGAAUGGCACAGUAGUUUUAGGUACAAUAACUGGAGUAGAUGUAAGAAUGAAUACUCAUUUGAGCAAAGUGAAAUUAACAUUAAAAGGAAAGAAUCCUGUUGGAUUAGAUUAAUUAACAAUUAGAGGUUUAGAAAAAGAUAAUUAAUAUGAAUAGGAAAUAACAUAAGAUAUUUCCAUCUAUCCGAGAAUUUAUAAAUUGACAAUCUAUUGGUGGAUGAAUCAAUAUCUAAAUCUAAAAAAGUGAAAGCAGGAAUGGAAAAGAAUGAUCCAAAUUUUAAAAGAAAGAAGAAGAAUAAGGUCACUCGUUUACCAAGAAGAUGAGU